GUGUUCUAUGAUCAAAAUCAGGGCAUGUGCUGAUGUGCGAGAGCGGAAACUCCUUCGAAAGGUUUUAAAGGAGUUUCGUACACGUUUUCGGUUUUGACAGUUUUAUAACAUCAUUUCUAGGCAACUAAAUACUUCAUCAUCAUGCCACCAAAAAAGUCAAUGGAAGAAACUGACCGGUUGACCCGAAUAGCUAUUGUUAAUUCUGAUAAGUGUAAACCGAAACGUUGCAGACAAGAAUGUAAAAGAUCUUGUCCAGUCGUAAGAAUGGGGAAACUGUGUAUAGAAGUUAGUCCAAAUAGUAAGAUAGCAGCAAUAUCUGAAGAAUUAUGUAUUGGAUGUGGUAUUUGUGUCAAGAAAUGUCCAUUCGAGGCAAUAUCGAUCAUUAAUCUUCCUAGUAAUUUAGAGAAGGAAACAACGCAUCGUUAUUCAAAGAAUUCGUUUAAACUACAUAGACUGCCUAUUCCACGUCCUGGUGAAGUCUUAGGUUUGGUUGGAACUAACGGAAUUGGUAAAUCAACUGCUCUUAAAAUUUUGGCAGGCAAACAGAAACCUAACUUGGGCAGAUUUACCGAUCCACCAGACUGGACUGAAAUUUUAAGUCACUUCAGAGGUAGCGAAUUGCAGAACUACUUUACCAAGAUACUGGAAGAUGAUUUGAAGGCUCUUAUCAAACCUCAGUAUGUAGAUCAAAUUCCUAAAGCUGUGAAAGGCACAGUACAACAACUUUUGGAUAAGAAGGAUGAGUGCAAAAAUCAAAUAGACAUUUGUAAAAUGUUGGAUUUAAUGCAUAUACGUGACAGAGCCAUUGAUGCACUUUCUGGUGGAGAACUUCAACGUUUUGCGUGCGCUAUGGUGUGCAUACAGAACGGAGAUAUUUUUAUGUUUGAUGAGCCAUCUUCAUAUUUAGAUGUAAAACAACGUCUCAAUGCGGCUGUGACGAUUCGGUCGCUUAUACAUCCUGACAAGUUUAUAAUAGUAGUAGAACACGACUUAUCAGUUCUGGACUACUUAUCUGAUUUUAUCUGUUGUCUAUAUGGCGUUCCUGGAGCAUAUGGUGUUGUUACUAUGCCCUUCUCUGUUAGAGAAGGUAUAAAUAUUUUCCUCGAUGGUUUUGUGCCAACGGAGAACUUGAGAUUCCGCGAGGAAUCUCUCGUUUUUAAAGUGGCAGAGAGCGCAACCGAGGAGGAAGUUAAACGUAUGAAUCAUUACGAGUAUCCUGCGAUGAUGAAAACCAUGGGUUCUUUUACAUUAAACGUUGAGAAGGGUCAGUUUACUGAUUCCGAAAUUCUUGUACUGCUUGGUGAGAAUGGAACAGGGAAAACGACGUUCAUCAGAAUGUUAGCUGGUAAUUUACCACCUGACGAUGGAUCGGAAAGUAUUCCUCAGUUACAUAUUAGUUAUAAACCACAAAAAAUUAGCCCGAAGUCGCAAGGAAUCGUGCGGCAAUUAUUGCAUGAAAAAAUUAAGGAUGCCUAUAUUCAUCCGCAAUUUGUGACGGACGUUAUGAAGCCGUUAAAAAUAGAUGAUAUUAUGGAUCAAGAAGUGCAGAAUCUCUCUGGAGGAGAAUUACAACGAGUAGCCUUGGCUUUGUGUCUCGGAAAACCUGCGGAUGUUUAUCUCAUCGACGAACCUUCCGCCUAUUUGGAUUCCGAGCAACGUUUAGUCGCGGCUAAAGUAAUAAAACGAUUUAUUUUACAUGCGAAGAAAACAGGAUUUGUGGUAGAGCACGACUUUAUUAUGGCUACGUAUUUAGCUGAUCGUGUAAUAGUGUUCUCUGGCACUCCAUCUUUAGAGACUACAGCUCAUAGUCCACAAUCUCUGUUAAAUGGGAUGAACAGAUUUCUAGAACUUUUAGGAAUUACGUUCAGAAGAGAUCCGAACAAUUUCAGACCGAGGAUUAAUAAGAGUCAAUCUGUAAAAGAUUUGGAACAGAAGAAAGCUGGACAAUAUUUCUUCCUCGAGGAAUGAGUGUAAUCUCAUUUAUAAGUUGAAUAGCAGCUGAUAUAAAAUACUAUUAAGAAGUUUUUGUAAAUCUUUAUACGUUUACAAACCGGAAAUGGAUUUCGUACAAUACAUUAAAUGCUACUGGAGCAUACCUUGCGUUUCCUUAAAAUAACAUUCGUUUGGGCAUACAUCUUUGCUUAUACUAUAUUUAUUGAAAUAAAUAAUGGAGAUUCUGCUGAACAUAUUACAAAUUAAUUUAAGAAUAUAUAUACAAUCGUAUUUUUGUAUGAAAUACUGCUGUCAUGAAUUUAUUUAUAUUCAUAAACGUAUGUCAUAAAUCACACUUCCAAUUUGAUGGACAAACAAUAUGCAUUUUUUUGUAUAAAUAAUUUACGCCCGAUUAUGUGUAACAAAUCAAGCGAGAUUAAACAUCUCAUAUAUGUAUAUGUACAUCUGCUAUGCAACACGAAUUAUAUAAUACAUCUGGAAUAAAGAAGAAAGUAAUAUA